AUGGCAGUUCACGAUAUUGAGAAACAGCCCCCGCCCGCUGAGGAGCACGCUAAGGGCCCGGACUCCGCGGCCGAUGCCAUUUCCAGUCCGUUUGUUAACGCGGACCGGUUGGCUCGCCGCUUGUCUGCCCGCCAGGUGCAGAUGAUCGCUAUCGGCGGUACCAUCGGCACUGGUUUGUUCCUCGGGACUGGCGAGUCGCUCGCGAAGGGUGGGCCUGCCUCUACGCUGAUCGCCUAUGCCAUCUGCGGCGGUAUUGUGUUUAUCACGAUGCUGUGUCUGGGUGAAAUGGCGACUUUUGUCCCGGUGGCUGGGUCGUUCUGUACUUAUGCUGGUCGAUUCGUUGAUGAUGCCCUGGGUUUCGCUCUCACUUGGAACUACUGGUUCAAUGACGCGGUUUCUACCGCGUCGGACAUCAUUGCCCUGCAGCUUCUCCUAAAGUUUUGGACAGAUAAUUUCCCCGGGUGGGCAAUCAGCUUGAUCUUUCUGAUUGUCGUCAUUGGACUGAAUAUCUUGUCUGUGCGGGUAUAUGGUGAAGUAGAAUACUGGCUAAGUUUACUCAAAGUCGUCACCAUCGUGAUAUUCAUCAUCCUUGGGAUCGCCGUCAACUGCGGCGGCAACACAAAGCACGAAUACAUCGGUGGCCGAAACUGGCAUAUCGGCGACGCACCCUUUCACGACGGCAUCGGCGGCUUUGCCUCGGUGUUUGUGACAGCGUCAUUCGCAUACGGCGGCACUGAGUCCAUCGCCAUCACAGCCGGCGAAACCAUCGACCCCGCCAAAAACAUGCCCAAAGUCGUGCGCAACGUCUUCUGGCGCAUCGUUCUCUUUUAUUUGUUGUCGAUCCUGCUCGUCGGCCUCAACGUGCCCUACAACUACCCGGGCCUUUCGGACGGUGAUAGCCGCACAAGUCCGUUUACUAUUGUCUUUCAACAGGCCGGCAGUGCCGUCGCGGGCAGCUUUAUCAACGCCGUGAUUAUGACGUCGGUGAUUUCUGCUGCGAACCAUGCCCUCUUUGCCGGCUCGCGUCUGCUAUACACUCUCGCUGUCGAUGGCUAUGCGCCGCGCUUCUUUGGCCAUCUGAAUCGCUUUUAUGUUCCGUGGAUUGCCGUGCUGGCCACCUCGGUCAUUAGCGGGCUGUGUUUCGGUGCGAGUUAUAUUGGAGCAGGGCAACUGUGGUCGUGGCUACAGAAUAUCGUCGGCGUCUCCAACCAACUCUCCUGGAUCUGCAUCGGCCUCGCCUCCCUCCGCUUCCGCGCCGCCAUCCGCGCCCAGGGCCUCGAAGACCUCCUCCCCUUCAAGAACUGGACCUACCCCUACGGCCCCGUUUUUGCCGUCGGCCUCAACAUCGUCCUGGUGCUGGUGCAGGGCUGGAAAUGCUUUAGUCCGCAUUUCCAGCGCGUCGACUUUGUCUCGUACUAUAUCGAGAUCCCCGUGCUGAUUGUCAUGAUCUUUGCUUGGAAGCUGGUCAAGCGGACCCAUUUUGUGCGCACGUGGGAAAUGGAUCUCAUGACGGAUCGCUAUGAUGCUACUGCCGAAUCGGAGGAUUCUGCUCGGCCUGUUGGGGAGGAUGAGGACAAGAGGAAGGGGGUUUGGGCGAAGGCGCAGCGGGUUGGGCAGUGGUUGUUUUUCUGA